CAUACACUUUUGGCGGGAUACGUUGUUCUGCAAACUUUCGACUGUAAAGUCGUCUCUUUUCAUUUGRAUUUCUUCAUUUCUAGACAGCGCUAUGGCUUUAGAAGAUGACUGGGCUUACUGUACGAUGUGUCGAUCUGCAAGACAAGGAAUGACAACAUUACAUCGUGCYUCAUUAAGAAAAGUUGAAUGGCCUGAACAGACAAUGCAGCCAUUCCUUAUUUCAGAGGAACCAUCGUCUCCUGCUAGUAUUGAAGAUGCAUUUGAUACAGUUUUACAGUACAUGAAUGUUACCAGUCAGCAGUGUAAGCGAUACUACAGAGGUCGASCAGGAUGCAGCCCUCCAGACAGACAUCACAUCAACAGAUUCCAUAAACCACAGUAUUCAUCUCCUACCUACAGGAACCCUUUGCAAAAGUCAGAAGAUGUUCACGUAGAGGUAGUUCCUGGAAGUUAUGCUGUGACAGCAGGCCGCUGGGGUGCUGCCAGGGAACAUACGCAUGUUGUUCGUAUUGAGCCAGGACAAACUGUUGAUCUGGCCUUUGCUAUAUAAUAACCCUAUUAAGGGAUAGCACUGCAAAUUGUCAAAUGGAGAUUGCAUAGCAAAAAUGAACGAAAUGUAAUGUAUACAUCACUCUAAUAACAAUGUUCAGAUAAUAGUAGUAUUGUAAAUAUAAUUUCUUAUUGGACAUUCAUUUGAUUUUUUUUAUUUUGAUUAGUUCAUUUUGUUUGUGCAAUUUCCUUUUCAAAUUUGCUUMAAAAAGUCUCUUCUCUAUAAUUGUAGUGAUAUUUUUGAACCAAGUUUUGUAUAUAGAUAUUCUCAUUUUCUAGUUUCAUAGAAGCCAUAGUAUAUAGAACUAUGAUAAAAUCCCAUUAGCAUCUGAUGUUCACAAGAAGUUUUCUCUAUCUGCAUUGUAUGUAGUGUAAUAAUAUUUUUAGACAUAAUAUAUAUAAUAUUUUUUUCCUAUAUCUCAGUCAUGGCACAUUCUUUAUCUGUUCUUCAUAUUCCAGACAUUUAUUAUUGAUUAUUGAAAUAUCACCUAAAUGAAUAAUGUAUAUC